UCUUCUUUUUUUAUUUGAGACAAAGGACAGUGGUAACUUACGAUAUUUAAUUUAAUGUGUAAAAAUUUAUUCCUGGAACUAUCAAUUUACAAGAUAUGUAUUUAGAAAAUUGAAUAAAAAUUCCUUGAAUGAAUUUAGUACCACAGAUUAUAAGAACCACAGAUAUACAUUGACAUUUAAGCCAUGCUGCUAAUUAAUAGACAAAUUUUCGUGAUCAACCCCUGGAAAAAACGGUGUUUUAUGACCAUCAAUAUCUAAUAUAGAAAAGUGCGGGUCCGGCUUUUAAAAAGUUGAAACGAUGAUAAAUUUUAAUAAAUUUGAAAAAUACCAAUACCAUGUAUAUUCGAGUUUCGAUAUUUAUACGCCUAUUCAAUCUCUAAAAAUAUUAGUUGAUAUAAAUUUGUGGUUUAAGUGUGAGGGUAACCCACUACAAAAAUAUUCUCUAGUUGGGACAUCCUUUAUAUCCUCGGUUAUUUCCAAGGCGAGAGAAAUGUUGCAAACCUUGUCUAGACUGCAGAACUGAUCUUAACGAUAAAGUUUUAUUGUUAAUACAAUCAUUAAACUCAAUUAACUAGUCGUUAAAGUUGUUAUAAAAUUUUAUAAUCGAUUCGGAAUGUUUAUAAUUCCAAUUAAUUUAUUUUAUGAAUAAUUAUUAGAAGAUUUGACCUAUUUAUAGUUAGCUAGUGAUUUCUAGUUUUUUGUUAUACAUUAUUUUCAUUCAUUUGAAACAUCCUGAAUUCAGUGGCGUGGUGUUUUUUUUUUAUAAAUUUCAAAUUACUUUUAACUUCAAAUUUUAUAUAUAUUUCGAAUCUAAAUAAAUCACCUUGUAUAUCACUUUUAUUUUUCCAAUAAACAAUCAUAAAUUCGUCAAAUAUAUCAAUUUCAGUGAAAACAAAAAAAAGCGCUACCCAGAGUAUUAUUAACAACCAUACGAAUGAAGUAAUUCAAAUACAGUUCUACUAUGUUGCCAAUUUUAACUAUCCAUCAGGGAUACUUGAAAUAAUUAUUUCAAAUGGAUAUAAAAUAUGUCUUAUGUUUAUUAUAGGGCUACUAUGCCUUCAAUACGAUGUUUUAUAUUCUUCUUUUUACAAAUUCAAUGGAUUUUGAGUAUACAGCUGCAGUCAUUUGAAAUACCAUUGCAUGGAGACGGUGAUUGCGCUUUGAUAUUAGAAGGUCCUGGUAGAAGUAGUAGUUUUGAUUAUUCUUUCAAUCUAUUACGUGGAAGUACUUCAAAUUACGAUGGUUCUAGUACGUGUAUAACGUAUCAAGCAGUUAAUGCGGCUUAUUUGGACGCCAGAAAAAGGAUACGUAUUGCUCCACCAGAUGAUGCCGAGAAGAAGAAUGAAUAUGUCGCAAGUAUUGGUGAAUUGGUUUUUGACAUUUCUAUGAAUUUAGCAAAAACUUACGGUUUGAGUUACGAGGAAAUAGAAAAAGGUCUACCUUUGAUAGAUACUAGCAAAACUUUAAUAAGUGAAGUAUGUCCUGCAUUUUUAUCAAACGUAGAAUGUAGGGCUGGUAAAUACAGAAGACUAGAUGGACUUUGUACUAACAUCGAACAUCCAACGUGGGGAGCUAGUCACACACCUUUCACCAGAUUAUUAGGUCCAGUUUAUGCCGAUGGUAUCCAAGCUCCCCGUAUAGGAAUAUCUGGGAGGCAGUUACCAUUAGCCAGAGUUGUAUCCAGAACCAUGCAUCCAGACGAAGGAUAUCACGACCAUGCUGGUACAGUAAUGAUCAUAGCUUGGGGGCAGUUUAUGGACCACGAUUACACUCUACAGGGUACACCGUUAGAUCCUAAAAAUAAGAAUGAUCCAGAAGAAUGUUGCGGUAGACCGCAGCAUUUGAAACAUCCGUAUUGUAACGAAAUCUACGUACCGAAAGACGAUUUUUUCUAUAAAUUGUUCAAAGUGAAUUGUAUAGAUUUCGUGAGAACAUUCCCGGCCCCUAGACCUGGAUGUAGAUUAGGAUCUAAGGUUCCUUUCAACACGCUUACUGCAGUUCUAGACGGUAAUACCGUUUAUGGGGUUACAGAAUACCAUAACAAUAAAUUGAGAACGUUUAACGGUGGUUUAUUAAGAAUGCAUCCUGCUUUUGAACAUUUUGGUCUUAAGGAUCUGUUACCACUAAAACUGGAGUAUCCCGAUGAAGGAUGUACUAGACCUAAUUCUUCUAUGUACUGCUUUGAAGCCGGUGAAGUUAGAGUGAACGAACAAUUAGUUUUAACUUGUAUGCAUACUUUAAUGGCUCGCGAACAUAAUAGAUUAGCUCGCGGUUUGGCUGAAGUUAAUCCGCAUUGGGAUGACGAAACUCUUUUCCAGGAAGCUAGACGUAUCAAUAUAGCUUUCAUUCAACAUAUAACUUAUAACGAAUUUUUACCUAUUCUACUCGGAAAAGAUGUAAUGGAAAAAUUCGGUUUGAUUUUGCAGAAAGAAGGUUACUGGAAUGGUUAUGAUCCCAACGUAAACCCAGGAGUUAUCGACGCUUUUGCGUCAGCAGCGUUCAGAUUCGGACAUUCUUUAUUACCAACAGCAGUAGAAAGAUGGAGUAAAGCACAUAAAUUCAUCGCAUCGAAACGUUUGUCCGAUUUGAUCCGAAGACCGCACGAUCUGUUCCGAGCUGGUAUAUUCGACGAAUACGUCAUGGGUUUGAUGAACCAAGUAGCUCAAGCUAUGGACGAUUCCAUAACUCAAGAAGUAACCAAUCAUUUGUUCAAAAAAGUCGGAGGGCGAUUCGGUAUGGACUUGGUCAGUUUCAAUAUGCAAAGAGGCCGAGAAUUUGGGAUACCUGGGUAUAUGGAAUACAGGAAAUUCUGCGGGUUACCUUGGUCCGAUAGAUUCGAAGAUCUUUUCGGAGCUAUGCCUAACGACACCGUCAGAAAAUAUUCAUCAAUAUUUGAACACCCAGCUGAUGUAGAUCUAUGGUCAGGUGGGGUAUCGGAAAAACCGUUACCGGGAAGUAUGCUAGGCCCGACUUUUGCUUGUAUAAUUGCAACACAAUUUAGUUAUUCACGAAGGGGAGACAGAUUUUGGUACGAAUUACCUAAUCAACCUUCGUCUUUUACACCUGAACAACUACAAGAAAUUAGAAAAGUCAAAUUAGCGAGGAUAAUAUGCGAUAAUACGGAUCUGAUAGACACCAUUCAAUUAUAUCCUAUGGUGUUACCAGAUCACGAAAUUAAUCCACGUGUUCCAUGCAAAUCUGGUAUAAUCCCGAAUCUAGAUUUAGCGAAAUGGGCGGAAUUUCCACGUGAACACGCGUUUCCAUUAAACGAUAUUUUAGGCAAAUAAAAUGAAAAUUAUAAAAUUAUUUAAUUUAGGGUUUAAAUGUACAGCUGCCAUUGUAAUUAUUUAUUUAUUAACGUGUACCAGAGGAUGAGAAUCGGACUACCAGAACCACGAAACAGUGCCAAGAACAGAGUAGCUUAAGACGGUCCUGUAACUUGUUGCAUUUUUGUAGAUUCCAAGAAACUUUUAUAUAUUUUUUUAAAUAAAUUGCAAAUUUUCUG